AUAUAAGGUGGUAAUAUUUGUUCAAUAUGUUGGCACGGUAAAAGAGAUGGAGCUCAAAUUUUCGUUUUAAGAAAAGGUUUAACUUAUGGGCUCACAUCAACACACAAAAAUGGGCGAAGGUAGUAAACAAGUGAGAGUCGACAACUGGGGUAUCUUUUUUCUUCAAAGGCUUCAGAUGUUUUUUAACAAAACCGACUACUGUGAUCUCACCUUACAGUUCGAGGGAAAUGUACAAUUAAAAGUGCAUCGUCUCGUCAUGAACGCGUGUACGGAAUACUUUCGUGCGCUCGAGCAGAAUUGUGAAAUUGUGGACGACGUUUUAGUAAUGCCCGCCGAUUUACAGGCGGACGUUGUUUUACCAAUCGUUAAUUUUAUGUAUACGGGAAUGUUAGAGUUUCAUAUGUCUAUGUUUGAUAAGCUGUACAAAACUGCCCAUUUGAUGAACAUUACCGUACUCACGAAGUUGUUAGAUGCACAGAAAGUUCCGAUUUCACCGCUGCCUAAGCCCACGCAUAAGAAGAAUAUGCAAAUACCUCACACGUGGAAUCUCCAAGGUAAAAAAAUUUCUGCAAAAACAAUGGAUCCUGACCUACCUGCACCGCUUCCUGGUCGUAAAAUACCGGUGUGGAAAAGAAAAAGUGCCCCAUCAAGUUUACAGCAUGGAUUAUCUUCAAAUUUCUAUCAGGAAACAAAAAAGCAGUCAGCCUCCGACUCGCUUGCUUAUUUUGACAAUGCACCAAAACCAACACGAUUUGAAUGGCCAGAUGAUGAUAUUGCAACUUUAAACGUUUUUGGAGGAUCAUUCGAUGACAUUUCCUACACUAGUAAACCGCUAAUGACGAAGAGUGACGAGCCGAAACCUAGCACAUCAUUUGAUUCGAAUGAUUCAAAUCGACUGUCGCCUUGUUAUGAUGACACAUCACUCGACACAGAUGAUAUGAAGGACUAUGUUAAGGAACAAAGAAUACGUUCAGGUCUAACAGACGACUACUAUGAUGGUGGUGACGAAUUAGGUGCGAGAAAUUCGUUAAAAAGGAAAUCCACACAAGACCAAACCCCUUCCAAGAAAGUCCGUUUUAACACCAGCGAAAAGGAAAAUCAGAAGGGCCCCAAAAUUAGUAUUACUCCAACGGGAAAAUUGACAUCCGAUGUCGACCACACAAAAAUUAUAUCCGAAGUGUUAAAAAAGUAUCCAAACUUGGUGAAGAAAAAUAAAAACAUAAGAUUGAAGAUACUGUCCAAAAGGGACAAUGUGCCGACACCUGUUGCAUUGGAGCAAGUCAUGAAGCCCAUACUGAAGAAAAAAAUUCUUUCUCCCGUGAUUGGAGCUAAAGUUAAUGACGAUAAAGGCGAUGAAGGGCCUUGGAGGUGUAGUCUGUGCAGUACUCCCGAGGAACCGGUUGAUUUUGUUUUGUAUUAUCUGUUUCGGAAGCACAUGGCUGAUUUGCAUCAUGAAAAAUUUGACUCGAGGAUGUGCAAAUAUUGUGGCUAUAAAACCAACAAAAGCAACCUACUAAUUUAUCACCAAUACACUAGACACGGCGUGAAACCACCACCCCAAUAUAAGUUCCCAAAAUGUAAUUCGUGCCCGUACAUUGCACUCUCCGAAUCAUUGCUGCUUAAACACAAAAUGAACCACGGCAAGUACGAACUGCAGUGUCUGGAGUGCAAGGUGGCGUUCAUCAAUCAACCAGCUCUCACAGCUCAUUCGUUAAUCACCGGUCACAAUGGCAAGCUGGGCAGGAAUAGCUUCGAUUGUCAGUAUUGCACGAAAAAGUUCCACUCCGGUUCUACAUUGUUCACGCAUAUUAAGACCCAACAUCGCGACGAAGCACGCCGAGAUGGUAUAGUGAGCAUCGACGAAAUGGAAGAUUCGGAAGAUGACGACGAUCAAGCCGAAUACAUUGUCCCAGAAAUCAGAUCUGACAAAAAAGAGAAAGUAAAAAUAUUAUCGAAUGUCAAAUUAUCCUCAAUGGAAACGCAGGCGGCAGGUGUUGAACCUUUAGCAAUUGAACGCAGCUCCGAAGCAGACUCGCUCAACAAUGUCGCGUCGGGUAUCGCCACAAGCCUAGGAUUAGUUGACGUCGUGGUACUUGACGAAAACGAUCAAUACAUUUUGCAAGCAAAUAAUCAACAAUCAAUCUCUCAGGGAGAAUCCGAAUUUAUUCUGCCCGAUCUGCAGGACGCACGUUUUACAACCCAUCAGCAGGUGAUUACAUCCGAACAGAAUGUAAUCACUCAAUCGAUGCUGCAUAACACGGACAUAACUUCGACCGAUGAAUUAGUUAUGGUGUUGACCGAUCACGAUUACGGCGACGGCAAUAAUGAAAUAAUGUCCAAUGAAAAUUCGAACAUUGUCGUCUUAUACUCGCAUCCCAUCGAAGGACAAGAGAACCAAUUCAUAACCUCCCAAGGGAACAUAAUGCUAACCUCCCAGGCGGGCAUAAUAGAGUUAAGAAAUACGAACGCAGUCGUUUCGUCCACCGCUUCAUUUGUGAACAGUUCACAAAUUGAAUCGAUUGAGAUGAUUCAACGAGAGAUCAAUCAACAUCCUGGGGUGCAGGUAGAACAAGAAUUACCUCAAGAUAUGGUCAUUUUGAAUGAUAAAGAGAAGGAGGUCGCCGAUAAUAGGGCUUUGGAACAAGAGUUAUCUGCAGAUAUGGUAACGGUGGAAAAAAAUACGGACGUUAUAGAUAAUGCUGUUUUGGACCAAGAGUUAACUACUGACAUGGCAGCUGCAGACAAGGAGGUUAUGGAUGACACAGAGUUGGAACAAGAGUUGUGUUCGGACAUGGCUGCGUUGGCCGAUAAAGAGAAAGAAGUAGAAGAUGACAAUGUUUUAGAACACGCAUCAACUAUUGAGAAUGUUGAGAACAGUGAGACUGACCAACCUCAAGUAAAUCAAAAUGAGAAUGAAGUAGUUGAUGAAACAAUUGAUGUCCCUCCUUCGGAACCUAAUGACCUACCCUUGGCUUCUAUUGAGGCAGUUGAAGAGACUGUGGACAACACUAUAGAGCAUAGAAGCUGUGAAAAUAGUGCCGAAGAACCACUACCACCUGCACCUGUCGACGAUGAAAAUACAGCAAAUCCUGAGGGAGAGGACAUUCAAGAAAAUCAAGAUUCUACUCAUUCAGUUCAAGAGGAAGAUACCGCUAUUGGGGAAAUGGCUCAAAAACAGUUGCCUGAUGAAGUUUGUAUUGAGAGUGGUGAACAGGCAACUGAAGAAACUGCCCCGAUCAAUAACACAACAGAAACUGAUCUCCCAAUCGAUAAAGUACACGAUGAAGCAACUUCAGAAGAGCAAGUAGAUAGUCAAGAGAAACCAACUCAUGAUGAUGAGCAACCUGAAGAGGCGCCGUCGCAAGUUGUCCACGAGACCGAUCCUCAUAUGGAUACACCGGACAUGUCUCAAUCAAGCGAAGCAGAAAGUCCAAGGGAGAAUUCGCAGGACAAACCGAAUGGCGAUGACGAAAACACAGCGUCAUUGGAUGCUCCCUCGGAAACUAUAUCAGAAACUAAGAGGAAAACCUUUUCAAAGAUAAUGCUGGAUAAGUCGGCAAAAAUAAUUUUGGAAGAUUGGGAGGAUACAGAUUCCCAACAAUCGGAUACAAAGUCGACGAAUGUGAAUAAAUUAAUUGAUGAUUGGGAUGAUGAUGAAGAUGAGAGAAAAAAUUAGGUUUCAUUGCAUGUUCAUUGUACAGAAAUUAGUUGAUUUGAAUGGCACUCUAAAUUAUGGACGUCGAUUAUUACAACUUUAUUGAAAGGUGCAGUGACUCAGUGAGUACAACAUUGUUUUAAUGUUUACCCAUAUAUUUGCCAACAAAUUAUUAUGGAGCCUCUGUAACUUAUGUGAACCACAACAAAUUUUUUUUUGUUGAAUUUGGUACACACUAUACAACAUUGCAAGUUAUAUCUGAAUGUUUACUAGAAACAAUAAGGCACACUGUUCAUUGUACAUAAAAAUGUUUAUUUUGUUUCUAUUUUAUCAAUUCUUUUUUUUAUUAUACAUUGAGUAGGAAAGGCAAUGUUAUAUGGUCUAGACUAAUAAAGAAGUGUACGAUUUA